ACUGCCUUCUAGCCAGUACGGUAAAAGCUUUGAAGAGACACGGACUGUCACGUAGUGACGUUAAGAUGAACCCGUAACCGAACCCGAGCAUAUCGAAUAAUUGACGACGUGAUCUGUUACGAUUGCAGUAAUAACUGUCCAUUCCAAUCAUAUUAAAGUGCCUUAAGUGAUUAGAUUAAUCGAUUAAAUACGUAAAAUAUAACAAAGUUUGACAAACUUCAAAACGGCGAGUAUUGUUUUCAAAACAUAUGAUUAGCGACAUGUCACCAAAGGAGUUGUGACUGAAACAGGGAGCGUUGACAAUUAAAUUGUGAGUGCGUGUGUUGGAUACGGCCCAGUGAAUCGCCGGGCCCAUCUCGUGUGUCUUCAGUGUUAAGUUACAGCUCGCGGUAUCAUUUCUAUUGAGGAGCAAGUGACUGAUGGAGAAUUAUUGUGCUUGUAUAAGGAAGGUGGCUGUGAAGAGCGGGCGUCAUGCUGGCCCGCCAGCUUGUGUCUAGUGUUCGCAGACUCCGGCAAAACGGCGGCUACGGAGACAGCCCCGGUACUCGCACCACAGACGGGCGGUGCAGACAGCGCCAGCGGCGGCUCAGGUGGUUCGGGCAUGGAGUGCCUGCAACUGCGCUCGCCGCCCGGACCCUUCCACUACCUCAUCUCGGAGCAGGCUAAGUCCCUCGUCGCUUUACAGGAACUCCAGAAUGAAGUCGGUGCUUUACUUGAGUUUCGCGACCUCGUCAUCGAGACAUUCCCAAACCUGCGCUCCAAAAUGGCGCCUUCGACGCCUGCGAGUGGCACACGUCGCGACUGGGAGCCGGGGGUGCGCGUGCGCCGCAAGCUGGCAGCCGGCGCCGGCGACGCCACCCGCGCCAAGCCGCAGCCCUCCGUGCAGGACUCCGGCUUCAGCACCGAGACCUCCUGCGGGAAAGACGCGCAUUCCUCCUCGGCCUCCGCCUCUGCCUCCGCCACACGAUCUCGCCCACUCGAAGACGAGCUGUGGGCGUUGCUCGAUGUCAUCCAGAGAAAAGGAAUGCGGUUACGGGACGAAGCAGAACAGCUGCGCGGGGAACUCGACGAACGACAACCCGCCGAAACCGUGGAGGAGUCGUUCGCGCGGGCGCUCAAUGACACCCCGUGCGCCGACUGCGCCGACACGGGCCGCCUGCGCGCCGAGCGGGACGCGCUGCUGCUGCGCGCGGCGCAGCUGGAGGCGGCGGCGGCGGCCAGCCCGCCCGCGCCCGCGCCCGCCACGCCGCUGGGCCGCCUGGACUCGGCGCUGGAGACGCCCUCGCGCCCGCCGCGCGUCGCCACGCCUGACUCCAAGAAGUUCGCGGCGAUUCUCCUCGAGAGCAAUCCUGUCGAACUUCAGAGGCAGUUGCUCACGUCUACCGUUCAAAAUCAGGUAUUGAGCGAACGCCUGAGACGCGCGGCCGCGCAGCGCUCACUGUUGUUGGAAAGAUUGGAGCGUGCGCAAGAUUUCAACGAAGACCUCAAAUUCAGAUUGGAGGAAAAGAGUAUCGAGCUAGAGGGAGCGCGCGCCCGCGUGCGGCAGCUGGAGCGCGCGCACAGCCCGCGUGAGGCGGACACACGUGAGGCCGACACACGCUCCGCCGGCACGCGCUCUGCCUCGCCCGCGCACGCGCACUCCAGCAUGCGCGACAUGGAGCCGCUGUGCAUGCCGGACGACGACUCGCGCCUGGCCGACACGCCGCGGCGCCGGCCGAGCCGCAUCCCGCUGCACACGCGCGGGCCGGCGCGGCCGCCGUCGGCGCACUCGGUGCGGUCGGGCCGCUCGGCGGCGUCGGGCCGCUCGGGGCCGCGGGCGGCGCCGCGACGCUCGCCGGCCGCGCCGGACCCGAAGGUGCGAGCUCGCUCGUUCUGGAACGUGGCGUGGUUCUUUAAAGAUUCCGGCUCGUAACGUGAGUGCCCGCGCUCGGCGGACUGACGGCUCGUGUUGCCGCGUCUCGCAUGCCAUUAUGUCGAUCGUAAGUUUUGUUUCCCCGCGGUUUCGUUUCGCUUCGGUUACUUUCUAGUUUUGAUUUAGUUUUACGUAGAGCGAGUCGGUCCGUAGUGUAGGCGAGCAUGUGCUAACGAUUGUGUGUCCUCGUCACUAACUACGACGGUUCGGGUGGCGUCAACAUCUCUUCUGCAGUACUGAAAUUGAUGUUUUCUUAUUGCUUCAAAUUUUAAUUAGCUCUGUGACUGUUUUUAUUUUAUAAAUUAUCAUGGAUCAGUAUUUGAAUGGAUUUUCAUGUCACCAGCUCACAUUAUUGUUAUAAUAUAUGAAUUGACACAUUUUGUUUGUAAAAGAUGUCGUACUCAGAGUUCAGUGAGUAUUUAUUAUUUACAUCGUAAUUUUAAGCAUUAACUCACCAUUCCUUCGUGCGACACCUUUCAAUGGCGUGGGAUUUUACAUACCAACAAUAUCAAACUAUAAACCUUAACUUAUAUAAAAACCAUUAUUAAACAUACAUUUUCGAGUGUUAUUUAUUCAGUGCACAUUUUAACUUUUUUGUGAUAUCUUCUGGACUCUGAAGACUGGUAUGGUAAGUGCAAGAUAAAUACAUUUUUAUAAAUUGUAUCAUUAUUUUAGCCACUACUCACUGUACGACACAUUAUAUGUUAGUUUUGUGUAUUAAUUUUGUUAUUUAUGAUUUUGUAUUUUUUAUUUAUAUGUUUGUAUUGACAUAGUGGCAUAAUGGCACAAACAAUUGGCUAAUCACAAGGCAAAUACCGAAAGCUCUCACAAAGCCUUUAUAACUCUUGGUAAUUGGUUUGGUAACUAAUAGAAUAAUAAGUUAUGCACAGAUAAACUCAUACAAUAAUAUCCGGUAGUUCAUGUUUAAUUGACACGGUGGAGUCGUAGCAAUAGAUCACAAACUGCUAAACGUUUGUACUUGAAUUCGUUUCACAAAGUUGCCACUAGCCAUCCUUACGAGCCGUUUUUCAUUUUCAAAUCCAACAAUGAUAAAAUAUGAAAUAGAAACAAAAAAUGAAUUAGUUUGUCGUUUUCGCUGAGGGGAUGGCUAGUGAUGGGUCGCGGGCACUUCGCGGAUGCGGUCACUCGUAGCGGUCGCGGUACACCUCACGGUGUACGUAACAAGGGUUGGGCAUGUCGACAGAGAGACGACGAGCCCGAGUGGCGCUCGGCCGCGCUGGCGGCGGAGUACGUCGCGCGGACCGACCGCCUCGCGCCGCUGUUCCCGCGCGCGCGCCCGCUGCCGGCGCACCUGCCCGCCUACCCGCCGCACCUGCCCGCCUACCCGCCGCACCUGCCCGCCUACCCGCCGCACGUGCCCGACUACCCGCCGCGCCUGCCCGACUACCCGCCGCCCGCCGCCCCGCACCCGCCGCACCCCGACCUCGCCUCCGAGCUGCAGCGCUCGCUGCUCUACGCGCCGCAGGACCACCACCUCUGGAACGGUAAGCCGCAGCAGUACUUCGAAAGCAUGCACUACGGCGAGCGCCCGCCCCACGACGCAGACUACGACAGCGACUCGCUGCAGCCCUGAGCCACCUCAGAGGGCGUAGUGCUACUCCACAAGUUCAACGUUCCCGAUACGCAUCGUCACGCCAAUUAAUCAUGUAGCAUUUAAUUUUGAAAACGUUUGUUUCAUUCGAGCUGUCAUUAGCUUAGUCGUUUUAUAAACGCAGUCACUCACGAGAUAGUCAACGUUAUAAUCCGACAAAAUGGAAUCACAUGAUGUACAUACAAAUCUAUUUAACUGAGUGAUGACAGCGUAUCGAUAACGUUAACUAGUGAAACUCACACUGAGCCCUCUGCUCUGCUUGCACUCUCAUGUGCGGUCGCAAUCAUUCCAUUCUUAAAGAGUGGUCAUGUCUCGAGUGAUCUGUGAUAAAUAUGUCACCGUUUUGAAUGUUAACUUUUUGGAAUCAUCUGUUCGUAUUACACGACCCCUCGAUGGGGCAUUGAGUUUAUUUAUUUUCUUCAUUUUAUAAAAACCCGUUUUAAAUCUUAUAUGUAAGUGUUAUACCUACAUCAUUAAAAUUUGAAUAAAUUUUCCAUUCUAUUAAUACUUAUAUAAUUUUAUUCACGGCUUCCGUCUUUACUGUUACUGAGCCGAAUAGACAAUGUUUUGAUUCAUGAAAUGAUAAAUAUAAAUAUGUACUCACUAGAAAUCUUAAAUGGGUUGAUUUUAUAAGAAUUUAUUAUAAUUUGUUCCAUUUGUCUUGAAAGUAUUACAUGAAUUGAUGAAAUCUACAAAUAAUGGUAGCUACUUUAACAUAAGUAUUUUCAUUCCUAAACCUGUAAGGACAGACUGUAAUUAUUUAAUGUAAAUUGAGUGAGAGCUUGGAACGACUGUUAGUAAGGCUGUGAAACACUGAAGUGUGCUUGAACUUGUUUCUGAUGUAAUCGAUGAAAUCAGAAGUAAUAAAAUAUAGUGCUUAGUUAACGUGUGUUGCGGUUCUAGACAUACUAUUGUUGUUAAAACUAUUCCAAUCGUCCAGUGGUGUACGUCCUAUGAGACAACGCGUGACUGCCUUUGAGUUAUAAGAUUACGAUGUUAAUUCCUUUUACUAGUGUACAUUUCAUAACGGCGGACUUAACAAAUAGUAGGAGACUGAUUUUGUAUAAAUAACAAAUUAGAAAUGCUUUACCAAUGUAGGAAAUCUCCAUUCAAAUGACCGUUAUUUGGUAAUUCCUUCUCUGUUUUAAGAAUAAUGUAUAAUAAUGUACUACCAAUUAAGCUCUUAAAGAUUUAAACUUAUAAUAAUAUACCAAUUCUAUAAUGUAAAUGGCUGUAUUUUAUGUAAUUAAGAAUAAAUGUCUAGAUUAGUUAUUAUGUCGACUGUUAAUUGUACAGCAUUCGAUUAUACUAUUAGAAUUUGUAAAUUAUUAAGCCAUUACCUACCUAUUAUUAAGAUACUCAUAAAUCUAUCUAGUUAGCUUGAAUCUAGUUGAUGACUUAUUAUGUAAAGUGUACAGAAAUCAUAUCAUUAUAUACAGAUCGUAAAUAAAAUUGUUCAUAUCAA